GCCCUCUGGCAGUUGGCACAGCGGUGUCAUCUCAAGCUCUCAGCUGUUGCGGUGGCGUACCACUGACUGGACCAGCAGCUGUUGGGGACUGCAGCAGCAACCCUCGCUGCUCUAUCAUCUCCGGCAGAGAGCAUCAGGAAACUGGGGUUAGAAAGCUACAUCCAUCAUGGCGAUGCAUGCGAAGACGACCCCGCCACAGAUCCCAGAUACCCGCCGGGAGCUCGCUGAACUGGUGAAGAGGAAACAAGAACUUGCUGAGACGCUGGUGAAUUUGGAAAGGCAAAUAUAUGCAUUUGAAGGCAGCUACCUAGAAGACACCCAGAUGUAUGGCAACAUCAUCAGAGGAUGGGACCGAUACCUCACCAACCAAAAGAACUCCAAUAGUAAGACUGAUAGAAGGAAUAGGAAAUUCAAGGAAGCAGAGCGUUUGUUCAGCAAAUCAUCAGUCACAUCAGUUGCAGCUGUUUGUGCACUUGGUGGAAUACCAGAUCACAUGAAUGAAAAACGUGAAGCAGGCAGUGGUACUGAAAGCGACGCCUCUCCAGAUCUCCAGAACCAAGAGAACGAGCCCAGCCAGGAGGACACAGAGGACGUUGACUCGACGCUUCAGGACCUAAAGCCUCAGAAGGCAGCCUCCUCAUCCUCCUCAGGCAGCCAUCACGGGAGUCACAAGAAGAGGAAGAACAAAAACAGACACAGAAAGCCGACAGAGCAGACACACACAAGGAAAGAUGGACAGUUAGACACAGGGCAAGCCAGCGGGAGUUGGAGAGAGAAGUGAAGGGAAUUCAAGAUUUGACAUGAAAGUGAACAAGAAACCGAGAGCUGAUUACUCAACUUAACAAAGACGACUGGAACACUUGGACACAUGAUGAUACGUGAAGAGAAACACAAGAUUUCUGGACUUUGUGAACUUUUUCUGCAUUUUUUUUUUUUUUCCUCCAAGUUGUCAUAUUUGAGCCUGUACUGUGUGUAUUGCUUGAAACAUUCCCCCCUGCCACCUACCUUUGGUCACGGUUAAGAUUUUUUUGACCUACCAAUCAAGUAAAAAAUACGGUGUUGCAUGUUACUUGAGGCCUGUUGAGGCCAAGCUCCUGUAACACACCAUCUUGUAUAGUGUUAAAAAAAAAAAAGAUUGUAUUUAUUAUGUAGAUCAUUUUCAUGUUUCCAUUGUGAGAAAGAUUUGCUUUUUGUUAAGCGUCAUAUGGUCAUUUAACCCUCGAAUACCCCGGAUUCUUUUAUUAUAUGGUUUGUUUUUCAGAAAAAAUAAAAAAUACCAGUAACGUGAA